AUGGCCGCCGCCCCGUGCUCCGCCGUGAGCCCCGCCGCCGCAGCUCCUCCCUCUGCCUCCGCCCGCGCCCCGCCGUCCGGUCGCCGGCACGCCGCCCGCAGCUCCUCCGGCCUCCUCCCUCCUCUCCCCGCCGCGCCGGUCCUUCCUCCGGAGAGCUUUGAGCCCAAGCCGGCCCCCGAUCCAGAUGCAAUGAACCCUAGCCUCCUUCCCCUCGCGCCGCCGGACGCUUUCUCCUCCCACCGGACAUGUCCGCCACCGCCCCCGCGACGAAUCCGGGUGCGACACCUGUCCGCCGCCGUCCCACCGCCGUCGCGGCCCGCGGAGCCCAUCCGGGGCCCGCGCGGGCCCGAGUCGCCGCUGCCGCCCCUCGGCUCCCGCUCGCCCCGCCGCCCGAGCUCGGUCCCGCCGCCACCGGACUUCGCCUGCGCCGCCGUGCGCCCUCCGCCGCCGCAGCGCCCGCCGGGGCCACCUUCGUCGCCGCCCGGGACGGCCCGUGUCUCCGCCGCCAUGGCCGCCGCCCCGUGCUCCGCCAUGAGCCCCGCCGCCGCAGCUCCUCCCUCUGCCUCCGCCCGCGCCCCGCCGUCCGGUCGCCAGCGCGCCGCCCGCAGCUCCUCCGGCCUCCUCCCUCCUCUCCCCGCCGCGCCGGUCCUUCCUCCGGCGAGCUUUGAGCCCAAGCCGGCCCCCGAUCCAGAUGCAGAUGUUGAUAUCGUGCUCUGA